AUGCCUGUGGACACUCUCCAGCACCAAAUGAGGCAACCAGCGAGGACUGCUGUUGCUGCUACACCUCCACGCUUGCGGCCAAAGGGGCCCGUAGGUCCAGACUUCUACAAGCAAAGCCCGACUCCAGCAGACAAACCGAAACAGAGUGCAGUGGAGAGGCUGGAAGCAGACAAAGCUAAAUAUGUCAAGAGCCAGGUGGCUCUCUCUAAGCAGCAGCCAGUCAGGCCUCCAGAAGUUCGGAAGCCUCUGGUGAGCCCCGGCACCGCCCUGCGGCCCACAAGGAAGGCACCCACCCAAACAAAAACAAAGCAGGAGGGCUUCCAGCUCAACAUGGAGCACCUGAGUAACCUCAUCAACGGUGUGAGUGACGGUGCAGCUGUGAGUUCAGAGCCAAAAGCGCAAAAGAAAAAGGUGGCGCCGUGUCCACCUCCCCGUCCUGCCUGGUCCAGUCCAGCUAAAGUGAGAUUAAAAGCAUCUGGACCUGUUAAGGUAGAGAAUCCAGGUUCUGCUGGGGCUCCAGCUGCAGGGACUGUACGCAGGGUGGAUGUCAUGCCUCAGGCCGGCCCUGUGAGGACACCCAACAGACCACUUCAGUACAUGCGGCAGCCCCUUCAGCCCAUACCUUUACAUUCCCAGUCUCCACUCCAACCCACUGAAGCCACUGAAACCACUGGAACCACUGAAACCCCUGUCCCUGUUGCACCUCCCCCCAACUUCCCUGUUUUCCCCCCGUCUUCCCCAGCAAUCACCCGUUUGUCUUCCUCCAGCUCCAGGAAACGCCCCUCUCUGACCCGCUCUAAAUCUGACAUGAGUGACCGGUACUCCCGAGCUGGAACAGAGUUGGAACGCUUCUUCAACCUGUGCGGUUUGGACCCCGCAGACCUGCAGGAUGUGACUGGUUCUAGUUCUGACAUUGUGUCCCUCGCCCGUUUCCGCAGUGUGAGCGCUCCAGGGUCUGAGUGUGCAGGCUCUGGCAGGGAAAAUGAAGAGGAUGAGGAUGAGGGUGCUGGAAAUGCUGCAGAGCGAGCUCCCUACAAUGUUUCUGUCAUUGAGAGAAAUGCAAGAGUGAUUAAAUGGCUGUAUGGACUCCGUCAGGCCAAGGACAAUGCAAUUAAGAGCACCAAUUUAUAG